CCUUCCGCUGGCUAGCGCCCCGCAGGCUCCGAGCUUCCUCGACCCGCUCGGCGCCAUGGCGUCUCAGGGCCGCCGGCGGAGGCCUCCGCGAAAGCCCGGGACGGUGGUGCGCGGAGAGGCGGCCGAGACAGACUCGGAGCUCUCCGCGUCCUCGUCGGAGGAGGAGGAGCUGUACCUCGGACCCUCGGGCCCGACGCGCGGCCGCCCCACCGGGCUGCGGGUGGCCGGGGAAGCCGCGGAGACCGACUCGGACCCGGAACCGGAACCGACGGCCGCGCCGAGGGACCUGCCGCCACUUGUGGUGCAGCGGGAAACGGCCGGGGAGGCGUGGGGUACGGAGGAGGCCCCGGCGCCCGCCCCCGCGCGCUCGCUGCUGCAGCUCAGGCUGGCGGAGAGCCAGGUGCGCCUGGACCACGACGUAGCGGCCGCCGUGAGCGGCGUGUACCGCCGCGCGGGCCGCGAUGUGGCCGCCCUGGCCGGUAGACUGGCGGCCGCCCAGGCGGCGGGGUUGGCAGCCGCCCACAGUGUGCGCCUGGCGCGGGGGGACCUCUGCGCGCUGGCCGAGCGAUUGGAUAUCGUGGCCGGCUGCUGCCUGCUGCCUGACAUCCGCGGCGUGCCCGGGACCGAGCCCGAGCAAGACCCAGGACCGCGGGCCUAGCCAUGACCCACUCCCAGCCUAACCCUGGGACCUGGUUCCGUACCCUGCAUAGCCCCCUCCCAUCUUGCUGUCACCCUCAGGGCCAACCCCACCCCCUGGAUAAGGUAGUGUGUGUGUUUGGGGGGUGGGUGUAAUGGUGCUCAGCCGCUCCCCCACCCCCUUGCAUCUGGUUACUCCCCUUCCUGGUUCCUCCCCAACCGUGUCUGAGGCUUGGCUCCAGCCCGUGGGUAACUGGCCGCUUCUUGAUCUGUCUCCAUCCUGAAGGCUCACUGUGCCCCACCUUUCCUUGCGCUCUGCCUCUCUAAGUUUGGUGUUUGUUCCCAGGGGCUGAUGCUGCUGCUUCCCACAGGAGCUCUGGCAUCUGUUGGUUGGGGCUGCCACCGUCCUCUCUGUGCAGACACCGCUCUUCCGCUGGGUAGCUCAUCUUGCAGGCUCUGAGCUUCCUGGCACCUGCCUUUACCACCUCGACUCUGCCUCCACUUCUAGCUACACUUCUGGAAUUUUGUCUGCCUGGGCUGGACCCUUUUUCUGCUCCCCAGGGCUGGCCCUGAUUCCAACUCCUGGUUUUAGUCCUUGCUCUGCCAUCUCCUGGCCCCUCCUCAUGUGAAUCUCUUCCCCGUUGGCCUGAUCUUGUCUCCUGGGUCCAGUUUUACCCUUAGGAUUGGUUUUGCUUUUUUAUCCUUUUCCUAUGCUGCGCAUACUACCUGCCUGAUCCUAGGUUCUGGAAACCGCCUAUGGUUUCCAUCAUCAGGCCCAAGAUGAGGCCCCCUCCUGACCCAAGGUGGCACGUUGUGCCUGAGCUCCAGAUACAAAAUGGGCCUCCUGACUCUCCAGGUGGGUAGUGGCACCCUUCAGGCACUUUAGCUCACUACACACUGCCCUGGUACUUUGGGUGCAAUAUGAUGCCAAUUUGCAGAGAAAGAUCACACACUUGGUGUUUGGUCACUGUGUUGACCCCUGGAUGCUAAGAGGACUUGGAUAUCUUUUUCUUCGUCUCGCCCCAGCCCUAGUCCCUCAUUCAUUCUUCUCCCCACUCUUUUAUCCCAACCUGAAGCUGAGGUCUGAGUCCCCAGGAUGGAGAAAUGUGCGAGUGUUCUGUGGCAGACUCAUUAAAAUGCAAAACAUUUACUGAAAUGAUCAGUUCCUCUUGUCCCCACACCUUUGCUGGGAGUGGGUUAGUUAGUGAUUUCUUUAAGAAUGGGGGUCCCAAGAGAGAGGUCCUUCCUGCCUGGCUUAUUGAAGGUGAAGCUAUAGCUGGAAAUGAGGGCCCUGGUUUUUUGUUUGUUUGUUUGUUUUUGGCCUGGUUCUGCAUUUAUUUAUAUUUUGUUAACUCAACAUACACUUAUUUACUGGGCACCUGUUCUGUGUCCUGUGCUGGGCACAGGAGAUGCAAUAGCCAGUGUGGGUCCUCGCCAAGCUCAGCCCACUGGGAGAGACAGACAUUAAUAAAA